GGGCCGCGGGGGGGCGCGGGGCCGCGGGGGGGCGCGGGGUGGGCCCGAGGCUGCAGCACCGCGGCCCCCGUGUUGGGCUGCGAGAGGAAGCCGCUGCCGAGCGGCCCGGACCCCGGGCCCAGAAGCCGCAGCAAAGGCUUCCUGUGGGGCCGCUACACGGAGAUGAAGAAACUGGUUCACGAACUUCUUCCUCCCGGAGUCUGUAGUCUCUUGAAUCCAGCGAAUAUCUAUUCAAACAACGAGAUCAAACUGGAGGACAUUGAAAUCUACGGCUUUGACUAUGACUAUACUCUGGCUCAGUAUUCCCGCUCACUCCACACCAUGAUCUUCAACGCUGCCCGAGAGAUCCUGGUGGAACACUACAAGUACCCGAGUGGGCUCCGGAAGUACGACUACAUGCCUGACUUUGCCAUUCGUGGCCUCCACUACGACGUGCGGAAGGGUAUUCUGAUGAAAAUUGACGCUUAUCAUUAUGUGCAAUCCGGAACUGUGUACAGGGGGCUGAGUCCAAUGCCUGAUGAGGAGGUGAUUGAGAUGUACGAAGGGACUCAGCACAUUCCUCUGCACGAAAUGAGUGAUUUCUACGGCAAAGGGCCGUCAAUGAAGCAGUUUAUGGACAUUUUCUCACUCCCUGAGAUGACGCUUCUCUCUUGUGUGAACGAUUAUUUCAUCAACCACGGAAUCGAGUUCGACCCCGUUCAUUUGUUCAGGGACGUGAGUGAUGCCAUCAGUACCGUCCAUGUAAAGGGGAUGAUGUACAAGUGGAUCGAGGGGGAUCUGGAGCAGUACAUUCUACGUGGAGAGGAGACGUAUGCGGUGCUGAACCGCCUGGUGAAUAACGGGAAGAAGCUUUUCCUCAUCACCAACAGCCCUUUCAGCUUCGUUGACAUGGGGAUGCAGCACAUGGUGGGGCAGGACUGGCGAGAUCUCUUUGACUUGGUGAUCGUUCAGGCUGAGAAGCCGACAUUUUUCACUGAUCGACGCAAGCCGUUCCGGAAGCUGGACGAAGCCGGGGAUUUACAGUGGGACAAAAUCAACAAAUUGGAGAAAGGCAAAAUGUAUAAGCAGGGGAACCUGUUUGACUUCCUCAGACUGACCGGCUGGCGAGGAUCGCGAGUGCUGUACUUUGGGGAUCAUCUGUACAGUGACCUGGCGGACCUGAUGCUGAGACAUGGAUGGAGGACGGGAGCGAUUGUGCCAGAGCUGGAAAUGGAAAUCAGCAUCAUUAACACGGAGCAGUACACACACAGCGUGACCUGGCUCCAGGCACUGACCGGCCUGCUCGAGAGGCUGCAGGUACAUCACGACGCAGAGUCACAGCUGGUGCUCGGUGAAUGGAUAAAGGAACGUCGGGAACUGAUGUCUCUGACAAAGAACUUGUUCAACCCCCAGUUUGGGAGUAUCUUCCGCACGUACCACAAUCCCACCUAUUUCUCACGUCGGCUCAGCCGUUUCUCUGACAUCUACAUGUCGUCCAUCAGCUGCCUCCUCAACUACGAUCCCAGCUUCACCUUCUACCCACGUCGCACCCCCCUGCAACAUGAGGCUCCGCUGUGGAUGGACCAGCUGUGCACCGGCUGCAUGAAAACCCCCUUCCUGGAGGAGAUGGCACACAUCCGCUAGAGCUGCCAGAGAGUGGGGCCCGCCAGCAAGGUGGGGGGCAGCCAGCGAGAUGCCGGAGUGGGAACUGGAUUGUUUCACUGAUGUGAGAGAUACAAUAGGUAUACAAUAGACGUAUAGUAGAUUUAAUAUGAGAUACGAUGGAGAUCGAUUUCCUGUAGAAGUAGAAGUGGUGUUUUACUAAUGUGCGGUGGCCACUUUAACCCUUUGCUCACCGCCCGCAGUCACCCCAUUUCCAGGCUUUAAAGACAGUUUCGUAGUUUGUGCCAAUCACAUUGUUACUACAUAUAGCAGACCUGGGCGGGAGCUGUGCCACUCGCUACUGUGUUUCCUGAAACUAGGUUAGUCUAGUUUAGUUUAGCUAACAGUGUGGUGCUGCCAGUUGGACACUAACCUGCUGUUUUUUAAAAAUUGCACAAUUUUAGAGGGAGAUUGUGUCGUGUAAUUGCAAUCCACCUGCCGUCCACCAAGUGAGGCUCAAACCUACGCUUCUCACAGGUCAAACUAGUGACUAUCCUCCUUGGGGAAGGAAAGCAGAGUCUCCUUGGAGCUGAACUGACUCCAUGGUGACAUGGUUGGGAACGGAAUAUUGGGGACUUUUCGCAUUGUUAAUCCUAACCCUGUAAACCAAAGCCCUAACGGGUAGGGUGGUCCCAGCUUGACAAGCAGUGGGAUGCUAUCAAUGUCAAGCUAUCUGGUUUUAGCUACUUUAGACUCCAGCAAUUACCCCAACGCAUACUCUGGGGUCCCCAUAAUACUUGCUGAAAUUAGGUCCCUCCAAUGAACAUCUCUGGAAUUGCCAUGACUAGGUGGGAUGCAUGGAACCUUGUUUGGUUUGGACUGUUAAGCAUGUGAUGGGUUUCUGCAUUUGUCAAGACACCGACUGGCCAGAAAAAAGCUAUUUGUAUAGUGUCUGGAAGCUGCUUUCCAGAAAGGGUUAGGGUUAGGUGGAGGCAGGUGUAUAUGUGUUGUUGUCUGUUACAUAUGGAACUUAGUUUACUGGGAGACGUGUAAUUUUAUAGUUUACAGAGUUACAGAGUAAUGUGUUUGUAUGAAGUAGGGAAUGGCCAGUGCAGGGGGUGAGGCCAGAGUCUGAGUUUGAUUUUCUUGUGUGCAGUGUUCCCAGACUUGGCCCGUGUGCUUCGUGACACACGUGUGCUCAGUGCUGCUUGUCACAUGUGUGACCGGCACUGACUGCACAUCUUCACUGGGUCAUCAUUUGAAGGAAAUUUUCAAAACUUAAUGUAGAGAAUAUUUUUGUGAACAAUUUUUUAAAAUAAGCUAAACUCCAACCCCGGUACCAGCGUGACUACGUUUAACUGAGGGAUAAAUAAAGACAGAUCACAUUCUGUGCUCUGUGUGUAGCCAGGAGCUGUUUGGUGCUUCAAGAGCAAUUCCUCAUCUGCACAUAAGCUGACGCUAACUGGAAGCUGCUCAGGUUUUUCAAAGCUGUAAAGUUUACACUGACCCCCGUGUCCGUGUGUUCCGUGUUAAUGUGGAGCGUGUACCUCCAGGUACAUGUUUGUGUUUACCCCACAUGUGACCGGUGUACCAGACACGUGGUUUAUGGUGUGAACGUUUAGUGUUCUCCAGUCUGCGCUGAGUAUUAAUGCAAUGUUUAAUGAUUUCCCAAUUGUUUAAUAUGUUGGGAGGUUCAGAGUCAAACUAAACCUUCGUGUUGUAGAUAAGCUGUCUAUGCAGCUGAUCACUGGGUCAUUGUAAGAGUCCAGUGAAAACAAGAUAAUGUAACAGUGAUUGAUAUAACUAGAUUAUAGAAACUCAUUAAAGAAAACUAACAAUCAUUAAAAAAA